AUGAACUAUCCGCCGCCGCUAGGUACUUAUCAGCAAGGUUACCCGCCUCCUGGCCAGCCAUAUCCACCUAUUCAAGGUCAUCCACCUCCACACGUAUAUCCGUAUCCAGGUCAGCCAUAUCCGCAAGGAUAUCAACCUCCUGGACAGCCAUAUCUGCAAAGUUACCCACCGCCAGGCCCAGCUCAAUACCCUCAAGGUUAUCCUGUACCUCCUACUGUUUACGCUCCACCACAAUACCAUAGUCAAGCCUACUAUGCUGCUCAAGGACGUCAUCUUUUCGUACAAGCGACGCUCUCACAUGGUGGAUGUGUGGUACCUCAGCCUCAUUACGUUGCUUAUCCAGGUGUUGCGUAUGGUAGUGGUUACUAUAAUAAGAAAGGAAAGUUUAAGCGCUACAAGUUCAAACACAAGCGCUUUUUUUAA